UGGGAGGAGAACCGGUGUACCUUUGUGGUAGCACCCUACUGUUAGCCUACAAAGUUUCUGUUGUUACAUGGGUGCUGUUACUUUGUUGGGUUAGUAAAUAGGUGAACCGUCUCCACCAUUUUUGGCUAAUCGCAGGUGGUUUGUUGGCGACACAAUUUUGGUUUCAGGCAUCUCUUUGACUCAAAUGGACAUGACUGAUGAUGGAGAUAGAGAGUCCAUUUGCCGAUGCCUGAGAUCCACCCAAAAUUCUGUUUGUUUUUUCAGCCGCUCUAGCCCAAACCAGUACCAGAACAAGUCGGGUUUUUGCCCUCUGAGAUUUAUGGGAUAUGCCUUUGGAAGGUGUUGCUUUGGUUGGAUCAGACGAUGAGAGCAAAGCGAAGCAAAAUCAAAGCAGCAAUGGCUCUAUGGAUGGACAAAAGUUCAGAACCUUUGACCGAAACCGAGGUAGCCGACCUUCAGGCCAUAGCCGCCCUUAAGGAAUCUACAGCUAUUGAACUCAAGGAGAAAGGCAACAAGUAUGUCAAGAUGGGUAAAAAACACUAUUCGGAUGCUAUUGAUUGUUACACCAGGGCAAUAAAUCAGAAUGUUUUAAGUGAUUCUGAAAACUCCAUUCUCUUUUCAAAUAGAGCCCAUGUUAAUCUACUGAUGGGGAAUUAUAGACGUGCCCUUGUGGAUGCCGAGGAGGCAAUUAAGCUCUGUCCAACAAAUAUCAAGGCACUUUAUAGAGCUGUGAAAGCAUCAUUGUCUCUGAAUCUGUUGUCUGAAGCAAAACAAUAUUGUGAAAAAGGACUUCAGCAGUCCCCAGAUAACGAGGAACUAAGGAAGCUAGACAGACAAAUUGACUCACAGAAGUCAGAAGAUGAACGCCGUGAGGCUCAAAUUUCCAAGGCUGUGGCAGAAGCUAAGGCCAUUGUUUCUGCUAUUGAAGAUAGAAAUUUGAAAAUUGGAAAGGCUAGUUUUCAAGAACUCACUGGAUCAAAAAAGCCCAUAUUAGAUAAAGAUAAUAUUCUUCAUUGGCCUGUUCUUAUUCUAUACGCAGAAAUUAUGACCAGUGACAUUAUUGAGGACUUCUGUGAGACUGACAUGUUUUCAGAACACCUUGAUAUGAUGUUUUUAGAAAGUGCUCCACCGUUGCCUUGGGAUAAAGAAAACAAUUACACUCGAGAUGCUGUUGAACUUUAUUAUGAGGCUGGCUCUGAAGUUUGUUUAUCAAAGAAGGAAAUUCUUCGCUCUCUCUUAGAGGGGACUGCUGGUUCACAUCUUGAAAGCUUAGGGGACAAUGUGAAACAUGCAGAAGGAGAUAGUUUAGAUCAUGGCACCUCAGCAGGCAGGGGUCCUUCUAAAUGGGUCAAAGUCAAUGAAAAGAGAACUCUGUAUGAUGUUUUGAAAGAACUGGACUUCGUUAUCCCUGGAAUCCCAGUAUUUUAUAUUGUUUCAAAGAGCUCCAGCUUUUACAAAGAUUUCAGAGCUGGAAAGUGGACUCCCCCAAGACUCCAUGGCGAGUAAAUUUGCUUGAUUGAGACAGGGACUUCGACUCCAAAGGUUAUUCUUAAAUGAGUUUUACGAAGUGUAUGUGUACGCACAAGUAUAUCUAUUGCAUAUCAAACAAUAGAUAACAGAGAUAACAGAUAGGGCAGCGACAGAGGCCUGUUAGUUCUUGUACUGAGUUUAAAUCAUAUCAAAUUCUAUUGAAACCCUGUAAGAGGAGGAUACACAGAAAGAGAUGCUGAGAGGGGGUGGAUCAAAUUCUGUUUAUAGAUGUGAGCUUUGUUGCCGUGUUGUUUGAACUGUAAACUGCCAGAAGUUUGAAUCAUCCUUCUUGUUUCAAAAUUCAGUUGGUAUUUUGAAUCUCGAGUUCA